CUUCUUGGAACUAUUUUCAUGUAAACAAACUGAAAGUUUACGAAAAGGAAAAGGGCAGAAUUUCCCACAAAAUGCGCCCUUUUGUGUUGAUUCGUGAAAUGAGGAAGCAGGAUGAGAUCGAGUGUGAGGAACUCGUGAAGAAUUACAUCCUCUCCGGGGCACGACAAGCUUUUGUGGAGACAAUUUUUAAAGAAAUUACCCUCCAAAUGAUUGUCCUCUGCUGGGCAAUUGCCUUCAUCUUCUUCGGCAUUCCACCACUAUACUGCCUCCUUACCGUACCGGGAGUCAUUGGGGCGCUCUGUCUCCUCGUUUAUGGGACAUUUUUCAACAAAGCAAUGGAAAUUUCUAAUAUGAAGCCCAGUCGUUGUUGGUUAGCUGAGCUGCACUAUCGCGGUAUAACGGAGCCGCACGACUUUGAUAUUUACUUCCAUGACCCACCUGAGGAGCAACAGGUGACCCAGAUGCGAAGAAAGAUUAUUGCAACGGUUAGCGUGAAGAAUCACAGAGAUUUGCACAGCUCUGCGUGGCUCUUCCGCUUUGGUUUCACCAAGAAAGCAUCCAUUCCACGUCUGGGAGAGGCUCUAAUUGCUCAUGUCUUGGAUUUCUGCAAGGAAAAUCGCUUCUCAACCAUUGAAGGCGUCACCCGGGAAUGCGAUGAGGAUCUGAGGGAUGUUUACACGAAGUUGGGGUUCCUGAUGAAGCAAAUCUACCACAAGCAGAUCAUUGGGAAUAGUUUGAGGAUUAUGAAGGCCCAGUUUGGGAUGGAUCUGGAGAAAUGGAAGGGAUAUGAGAAUUAUCCCACAGACUGACCCCCGGAAUCAACGUUUUUGAUACUCGAAAUAUAAUUUCCAGAACUUCCAGUAUCUUUUAAUUGCUGAGAAAUCAAUAAUUUUGAUAUUUUAUUUGAAAAGAAAUAAAUUUUUCUACAAUUUUUCCUCA